GUGAGAUGGUGACCAAGCAGCCUCUGAUCAGGAGUAUGAGGACGGUAAAGAGAGAGACGCUGAAGCUGAUCUCAGGCUGGGUCAGUCGCUCCAACGACCCCCAGAUGGUGGCAGAGAACUUCGUGCCCCCCCUGCUGGAGGCGGUGCUCAUCGACUAUCAGAGGAACGUCCCGGCUGCGCGGGAGCCCGAGGUCCUCAGCACCAUGGCAACCAUCGUCAACAAGCUCGGAGUCCACAUCACGGGAGAAAUCCCCAAAAUCUUUGAUGCAGUCUUCGAGUGCACUUUGAACAUGAUCAACAAGGACUUUGAAGAAUUCCCAGAACACAGAACCCAUUUCUUCUACCUCCUUCAAGCCGCCACCUCCCAGUGCUUCCCGGCCUUCCUGUCGAUCGCUCCGGCACAGUUCAAACUCAUCCUCGACUCCAUCAUCUGGGCCUUCAAGCACACGAUGAGGAAUGUGGCCGACACAGGUCUGCAGAUCCUGUACACUCUCCUGCAGAAUGUGUCUGCAGAGGAGGCCGCAGCUCAGAGCUUCUACCAGACGUACUUCUGCGACAUCCUGCAGCACAUCUUCUCUGUGGUCACCGACACUUCUCACACCGCAGGGCUGACCAUGCACGCCACCAUCUUGGCCUACAUGUUUAACCUGGUGGAGGAGGGGAAGGUCAGCGUGGCUCUGAGCGCAGCCAGUCCGGCCAACAACCAGGCGCACAUCCAGGAGUACAUCGCCAACCUGCUGAAGACGGCGUUCCCCCACCUGCAAGAGUAA